AUGGGCCCCUAUACCGCCUCCUCAUGCUGCUGCCAGGUCCAGAGUGUGUCAUGGGCCCCGCUACCGACUCCUCAUGCUGCUGCAGGUAGGCCCGUUAAAUCUGUCAUGGGCCCAUGUACGCCUCCCAUGCUGCUGCCAGGUACCAGAGUGUGUCAUGGGUCCCUGUUACGGGGCCUCCAUUGUCUGCUGCCAGGGCCCGGUAUAUCGUAAUCUGCCAUGGGCCCCGUACGACGUCUCUCAUGCUGCUGCACAAGGCCCGUAAUCUGUCAUUGGGCCCCUGUAAGCCUCUCUCAUGCUUCGGCUGCCAGGUUCCAGAGAGUGUGUCAUGGGUCCCUGUACGGCCUCCCAUUGCUGAUGUCUCUAUCGCCACACCUCUGCCAUGUGCCACUUUCCAGGUCUCCUCACACUGCUGCGUGGUUUCCAUUUUUGUCAUAGGGUGCUGUAUGGCCUCCCAUUGGCUGCUGGCCUCCACCAACCACACUGUAGCUCCACACUCUGGUUUGGCCCCGUGAUCUGCCCAAACUAUGAGUGAAGUUGUGUGCGUUGA